UUUCAAUCGAAGCAGGUAAUAAUUAGAGGUAGACCAACGCCGGAGCUAAAAGGUUUGCUUUUGACUUCGGGACAGACGGCCCGUUCUUUUCAAACGGCGUGGUACACACGCAAAGGCUGGAUGUCCAGCAAGAAAGGUCGUGUGCCUCUGGAUUUUUUCAAUGAAAAGAUGUGCCUUGGUACCGGAAAAGGUUGAAAAACACUGAUGUAGCCUACCUAUAUAAGCGUGUGUGACUCCGUCGCCGUGUUUUGAGAGCAGCAGCUGUCCGCCAUGAUCGAUUCCGUUCCGUUGCUUUCUUCCCGCCCAAAGCCGAGCCUGCAGCAGGGAGGAGCUAGCAAGCAGAGUGCGGCUGAGCGGGGCUGAGCGGAGCGGAGCAUCACAACUCGCGUUGAGGCAAACGGGCAAACACAGCACCCCCCCCCCUCCGACUUCUCUCUCCAUCCUGGCCUGCGUACAAAACAUGUCUGCUGGGAGAAAUUGACGUACUGGAUUUGUACUUUCGUCAGAACGGCCAUCGCUUCCCAGGCGCAGCUCGAUUGUUUCCUGCGCCAAGAACUGUAAAGACAUGGUCGUUACACCACCGCGUCUGUGAUGAAGAGCAAUCAUCAAGUAACCGGCUAAUCUGCAGAGUUUACUGCUUUCUACAAUGUCCCAGCGAGGCUCCCACAGCCGUGCCAUGAGUUCUGAGGAGAGGAGCUCCGUGACGCUCAACAAGAUCUCCACGCCGGUGCACAAGAGUCCAUCCUCCUCUUCCUCAUCCCAGCGCGACAGCCGGCAGGAGACAGACAGCUGGGAAAUCAUCGAGGGACUGAAAAUCGGUCAAAGCAGCGUCCAGAGGCCAGAUAAACAUGAGGGAUUUAUGCUGAAGAAGCGGAAAUGGCCCCUUAAAGGCUGGCACAAGCGCUUUUUCGUUUUGGACAAUGGGAUCCUGAAGUACUCCAAGUCCCCGAUUGAUAUUCAGAAAGGCAAACUGCAUGGCAGCAUUGAUGUUGGCCUCUCGGUGAUGUCUAUCAAAAAGAAGGCCCGGCGUAUUGACCUGGACACAGAGGAGCAUAUCUAUCACCUCAAGGUUAAAUCCCAAGAUAUCUUUGAUGCUUGGGUGUCCAAGUUGCGAUAUCACCGCCUCUACCGACAGAACGAGAUUGUGCGAUCUCCUCGCGAUGCUUCUAUGAGGACAUUUCCUCCAUCAGCUGUUGCAGAGUCUGCCCAAGCUGCUUCAGGUGUCGGACAUGAGGUUAAGCAGGCUAAACCCAGUAGUUUGCCAUGGCAACCACCAGUCCCCACCAACAGCAGCCUGCCUGGCUCCUACAGUAACGGUCAGAGCAAAGUGGCUGCUUGGCUGCAGGAAUCGGAGGAGAUGGACAAAUGUGCAGAAGAUCUUGCACGUUGCCAGUCCAACCUAACCGAGCUGAGUGGCUUGUUGCAGAGUCUGGAGAUUCUACAAAGGACACAGUCAGCUCCCAACUUUGCAGAUAUGCAGACUGCUUGUGUAGAAUUGUCAAAGAAAGAAAAGCGCUUGAACAGAAGAUGGAGGACAAAAAGUGUCGGCAAAGACGCAAAAUUCCAGCUUCAGGUCCCGCUCUCAUCCAGCAUGUCUCCUGUCCGCCUCCACUCAUCCAACCCUAACCUCUGCGCCGAGUUGGGGGACUUUCAAGCUCCCGUCUCCAGGCUGACAGACAGUGUAGAGUGUUCCAGUGACUACACUAAACUGCAGGAGGAAUUCUGCACCAUUGCCCAAAAAGUCCACACUCUGCUCAAGUCGGCCUUCAACACAGUGGCCAUCGAGAAAGAAAAGAUCAAACAGAUUCUAUCAGACCAGGACCAGUCUGACCCAUCAGCGCAGAUCAACUCCCUCAGGAAGUCUCUGUCACAGGCUGUGUCCCAAAACGCAGAACUGCGAACCCGACUGAAUCGCAUCCACUCAGAGUCUGUCCUGACGGAACAAGUUGUCAGUGUAAACAUCAUCUCCACGCCUGACGAGCAGGUUGUCGAGCAGAUGGGGAUCCCUCUGACUCAGCAGGCCUCUAAUGAGAGUCGACUCUCCAUGUCGGAGUCUGUCUCAGAGUUUUUUGAUGCCCAGGAAGUGCUCCUGUCAGCGAGCUCAUCGGAGAAUGAGGGCUCGGAUGAUGAGUCAUACGUCAGUGAUGUGAGCGAUAACAUCUCAGAGGACAAUGCCAGCGUGACAGACAACGUUUCCAGACAAAUGGCCAAUGGAGACUUUGCUGGCUGUGCCUUCCGUAACGGGCGGCGCACCUGUCUGCCGGCACCCUGCCCCGACACCAGCAACAUCAACCUGUGGAACAUCUUGCGGAACAACAUUGGCAAGGACCUGUCCAAAGUGUCCAUGCCUGUGGAGCUCAACGAGCCUCUCAACACGCUGCAGCGCAUGUGUGAAGAGCUGGAGUACAGCGAGCUGCUCGAUAAAGCUGCAGAGACAGAGAGUCCCUUUGAACGCAUGGUUCUGGUGGCUGCCUUCGCUGUCUCAGGCUACUCGUCUACCUACUACAGAGCAGGAAGUAAGCCAUUCAACCCGCUCCUUGGGGAGACAUACGAAUGUAUAAGAGAAGACAAGGGCUUCUGCUUUUUCUCGGAACAGGUGAGCCACCACCCUCCCAUCUCCGCCUGCCACUGUGAGUCCAAGAACUUCACCUUCUGGCAAGAUGUGAGAUGGAAAAACAAAUUCUGGGGGAAAUCAAUGGAGAUAUUGCCAGUCGGGACAGUGAACCUCAUGAUUCCUAGUUUUGGAGAUCACUACGAAUGGAACAAAGUCACCACGUGCGUUCACAACAUCUUGAGUGGACGGCGGUGGAUCGAACACUACGGCGAGAUCACCAUCAGAAACACAAAAAGCAGCGCGUGCCUCUGCAAGCUCACCUUCGUCAAGGGAAACUACUGGAGUUCUAGCGUGAACGAGAUCCAAGGAUUUGUCAUGGACCAAGAAGGGAAAGUCAUCCACAGGCUAUUUGGGAAAUGGCAUGAGGGUCUUUACUGCGGCGUUCCUCCCUCUGCCAAAUGUAUCUGGAGGCCAGGCUCCAUGCCUACGGAUUACGAGCUGUACUACGGCUUCACCAGGUUCGCCAUCGAACUAAACGAGCUGUGUCCUGAGUUAAAAGAUGUCCUCCCGCGUACUGAUGCACGAUUCAGGCCCGAUCAAAGGCAUCUAGAAGAAGGAAACUUGGAGAUUGCCGCUUUGGAGAAGCAGCGAAUUGAAGACCUGCAGAGGACGAGGCGGAAGUGGAAUGAGGAGAACAAUGUCAAACAGGAGCCUUGCUUCUUCAGGAAAGUGGUUGAUGCAAAUCGCAGGGAGCGAUGGGUCUCCAACAACAUGUACUGGGAGCUGCGCAAAACCCCCGGCUUCAUCAACAUGGAAGCUACAGUCAGCCUGUGGUAGCAACACGCCCUUCACUCCCUUUGUCGCGUCUUUACCUCAGCACCAACGUGUGAAGAGGAACGCCUGCUGAUGUUCUCGUCAAGGAUCACCUUCAUUGUGCUUGCGGAAGCCAGGUUGUCGGGGCAAGUCCCUUGUAGGUCUUCUCUCAGCUACUUUCAUGACUCCUGAGUCGGUCCUUUGCCUUAAACGGACACUCGCAGUUAGCAUUCUGUCAUCUUGACUCCAGUAACAUGCAUGUUUAGAGAAGCGCUCACUGGCAUCCGGCCAUAUUUAAUAUAGCAUUCAUGUUGUAGAGGAAAAAUAGGUAUUUUUAUAAAAUAUCUUGGCAGAUUUUAUUUUUGCCUUUUAAUACGAGGAACGCGUCAAAACUCAUCAUGUUGUAUGUUGUAACUCGCACAGACAACACCACGCUGGUAAAAGCAGCAGUUCAAUCAGUCUUAGGAACUGGUUCAAGGCCCAACUGGCAGCCGCUCCGUCCGUACAGAGUGGACAUACUUUGCUAGACUGCAGGGAAACUCACUCCAGCAACUUUUAGUACAAAGAGCAAAGCAGCAAGUAAUCUAUCUGUGCAAUUUCAGAUUCUUCAAAUUCUGUCCAAAGUCAACAAGUAUACACAAAUAUCAUGGGAACGACAGCAAAGGUGAGAAUAUAUGGAGCACCUAACCCUGGAAAAGGCGUUUUUAAGGACAGACGUUACACACCUUGACUUAGAGAUGGUCUGGAUUGCUGCGAUGAGGUGGCGACUUGUCCAGGGUGUACCCUGCCUUCCGCCCAAAUGCAGCUGAGAUAGGCUCCAGCACCCCCCGCGUCCCCGAAAGGGACAAUCAGUAGAAAAUGGAUGGAUGGAUGGGCUGGAUUGCAAUCUUUGUUCUGGGCUUGAGUUGUUCCACGAAAGACUAAAAAGGUCUACACUGCACUGGAAGUUUGUUGGAAGCGUUGAUUUAGUGAAAUGAAGCAACUACGACUCCUGAUUACCUGAUAAAAAGCGUUGUCUUAAUACUUUAGUCCAUAAAGUGCAUGUUGCGUUCAGGCAGCUACUCCAUCCUGGGACAGCAGAGCCACCUGCUGGUCAGUGUAAGAAAGUGCAGGAGUCUGAUUCUUAUUGUUAAUGCUGAACAAUGAUUUGAAAUUACAGCUUCAUUACUGUCAGUGUAUUUUCCCACACACUCACCAAAAUAAGGGGCAGCCAUAAAAAAACAAAAACAAUUCUAAACAAAGAAACACAUGUUAAUAUGCUUUGCUGGCAUAUUUCUACUUCUUCACCACACAACAAACAUCUGUUUCACUUGCUGUGCCUUACUGUGUUUAUUAUUGACACACACUGCUGGUAAAAGGUUCUGCAUUUCAUAACAACACACACUCUGCACCUGCAACGAGAAGAUAAAGCUGAACGUCUUACCUGACAUGUCGGGACAGUUUUGACCCUUCCUCCAACCUAAAGACAGCCUGGUCACAAGUGUAAAUAUAAACACGCAGAAGAAGAAGUCUGGAAACGACGGACCAUCUAUAAGCUCUCACCCAAAACAAAAAAAGUCCAUGCAUGUGUAGCCUGCCAAUGAUUGUUGCAGAUGCCUUACAGAAAGGUUCCGUCUUCUCAUUCGGACUUUGUUCAUCUUGUGGAGCGCAUCAGCUGAUGGUACCUUCUUAAAAAGUGCAAUUUAAACCAAGUACAUAUCUUUCCAUCCACACUGUACACUCCUGCAACAUAGUGCUUGUACUAAUAAAACAGGACAUCCAGUGAGUGGUUUAUUCACCCAACUGUUUGUGUCUUCUGACAAGGCUGGGGAUUUGAAUAUGUUGCUUUUGAUUUAAUGACUUCAACUUACAGGCUUAAUCAGUUCUGACGCAGCUCUUAACUAAAAAGUGAAGUGAAUUAUAUUUAUAUAGCGCUUUUCUCUAGUGACUC